AUGCCGGAAACAGUCCGACCUGCCUUCAGCGGCCGCGCCGAACCGCGAAUCGCAUAUGGCACACCCUUCCCCGAAGCAGUCGCCAACCAAGCCACCACCUACUUCCACGCCUCAAAGGUGUACGUGAUCUGUUCCGGCUCCUUGUCACGCAACACCGAUGCUCUGGACAGACUCACGCAUGCUUUGGGCGACAAGUUUGCGGGUGUUCGGAUCGGAAUGAAGCCUCAUACAUUGUGGUCAGAGGUUGUGGAAAUUAUCAAUGAUGCGAAGAGUGUGGGCGCGGAUUUGUUGGUGACGCUUGGAGCGGGCAGUUUGACGGAUGCUGCGAAGAUUGUUUCUUUCGCCCUAGCAAACGACGUCACAACAUUCGACGGCCUCUACACUUUGACUACAAAUGUAAACAAAGGCGACAACAAACCCGCCGAAAUGGACACCACAAUUAAAGGCUCCGUUAUCCCCAUCAUCAGUAUCCCGACUUCCCUGUCCGCGGGAGAAUACUCUGAUUUCGCGGGUGGCACAAACGACAAGACGCACCGAAAGCACAGUUUCCAGAAGCCCCUCCGUGGUCCAAGACUCAUAGUUCUCGAUCCAGAGUUGACCGCUACAACGCCGGAUUCUAUAUGGCUGAGCACCGGUAUCAGAGCAGUUGAUCAUUGCGUCGAAACACUCUGCUCAAAUGUGGCGUAUGAUGAAACGGAUGAAUUGGCGCAAACGGCGUUGGGGAUGCUGGUGCCCGGAUUGUUGAGGAGGUCUGUUGAUGCAAUGGCUGCGUGUACGCAUCCGGAGAGGGUGGUGGAUUUGGGUGCUAGUCAUGGGAUUGGUCAUCAGCUCGGACCCCUUGGCGUCGGCCACGGAGAGACAAGCUGCAUCUUGCUGCCGGCUGUAUGCAAAUACAACGCCCUCAAGGGUGCAAACAACGCCAGGCAGGCGCGCGUCCUCAAAUUUUUGCUGAAACAACCAACCGUUCAGGACGCAGUCCAAAAGUACAAUAUCAACACCGACACAGCAGACCUGGGUGACGUCCUAGACGGCAUUAUUCGUGAACUAGGUAUGCCGCGUUCCCUCAAGGAGGUGGGCGUCGGCCGUGAUCAACUCGACAAAUUGGCCGAACACUCUCUAGAGGAUCGAUGGUGCAAGAGCAACCCCGUGCCGUUGGAGAAGAAGGAGCAAGUUUUGGAGAUUUUGGAGAUGGUAGUCGGAGCGUAG